AGCCGUGUCUGCCGCGCUGUCGGCCGCCGUGUCGGCAGCGAUGGCCGUUGCCAUGGCAGUGGACGCCAAGGCAGAGCUCGCCAAGCUGCUGGACGAAUGGGAGGAGACGCAGCAGGGAACCACCGAGGCUCUGGUCUCCAUCCUCACCAAGAUAUCGGAGCUGAUUGAACGGGAGACGGGAGAGUAUCACAAAGCAGACCCCGACCCGUUUGAUGAUCGGCAUCCAGGACGAGCAGAUCCAGACUGCAUGCUGGGACAAAUCCUGAAGAUGCUGUUUAGGAACGACGACUUUACAAACGCGCUGUUGGACACGUAUAUAAUGACCAGCAGAGAGCUGAAUCUCAACACAGCCGCCUGUCGUCUGCUGCAGAACAUCAUGCCGGGUCUGGAGACGGGCGUCGUCUUCCAAGAGAAGGAAGGUCUUAUUGAGAAGUUGUUCUCCUGGGCUCGUGAAGCGGAGCGUCCGCUGUGCGUCUACGCUACGGGUCUGCUGGCCAGAGCCAUGAGCAACCAGGAAGUGGCGGCGAGCUACCGAGAGGAGAACGCUCUGCUCGUUCCCGUCAUGAUUCAGCGACUCUGUGAGCUGCAGUCUGAAGGGUCUCAGAGUCACUCAGGUCCCACAGAAACCCCCCAGAACCUACCUCAGGACUCUCAGGUCGAAGGCACGCGGACUUCAAACACCUCAACGGAGAAGACGGAGGAAGAGGAGGAGGAAGGAGAGAGCAGCAGGAAGGCGUCAAAAACGGCUGCAGCGGCGGCGGCGGCGGCGGGUACCGGCAGCGGCGGCUCGGCCCGACUGAUCCCAGACUUCGUUUACCAGGCGAGCCCGGACGUCCCCUCCAGGGAGACGGAGGGAGGAAGAGGAGGAGGAGGAGGAGGAGGAGGAGGGGGAGGAGGAGGGAAGAGGCAGGUGGUGAAGGAGAACGGGAGGAAGGCGAAGCAGAAGCUCAACUUCACCUCCUCCUCCUCCUGCAGGGCUGAGGAUGAGGAGGAGGAGGAAGAGGAGGUGCAGAGGACCUCCCAGCAGGCCAACAGCACCCCCUGGUCCGAGAUGAGCUCCAUGGUGAUCGGCUCCGACUACCGGCUGCUCCCGCUCAGCCCGGCCAUGGAGCAGAGGCUCAUCCUGCAGUACCUGACUCCGCUGGGAGACUACCAGGAGCUGCUGGCCGUCUUCAUGCAGCUGGACACUCGGGUGCUGCUGAUGAACUACAUCGACCUGCGGAGGACCAAAGACGUCCAGCUCAUCUUCGACGCUCUCUUGUAUCUGGCCUCGCUGCUCCUCCAUAAGAAGUUUGCAGCAGAGUUCAUCGCUCACGGAGGAGUCCAGAAACUCCUCGAGAUCCCGAGACCUUCGAUGGCGGCGACUGGAGUUUCUCUCUGCCUGUACUACCUGGCUUAUAACCAGGACGCCAUGGAGAGGGUGUGCACACUGUCGGACGGCGUGCUGUCAGACAUGGUGUCCUACGCUCUGUGGCUGCUGGAGUCGUCCCAUGCGUCGGGCGUCUGCCACGCCACCAUGUUCUUCUCCAUCUCCUUCUCCUUCAGAGCCGUGCUGCAGCUGUUUGACCAACAGGACGGCCUGCGCAGGCUCAUCAACCUGGUCAGUACUUUAGAGAUUCUCAACAUGGAAAACGAGGUUUCCAUAAUGAGCGAUGACCAGGUGUUCUCCAGCCGGCAGACGGCCAAACACACCUGCAUGGCUCUGCGCAGGUAUUUUGAGGCUCACCUGUCUGUGAAGGCUGAGCAGGUCAAACAGUCGCUGCAGUCAGACGGAGGAAGCGUCGUCGCCCAGCAACCUUUCUACAAGGCGUACGCGUACACCAGAGAGCAGGUGGUGGAGGUGAUGGAGUUCCUCAUCGAGUGCGGACCGCAGCUCCACUGGGAACCCGUGGAGGUUUUCUGCAAGUUGUCCUGCGUUCAUUUAAUGCUGCAGCUCAUUUCAGCGGCCUGCGACUGGAGGACGUACUACGGCAGGAGCGACACGGUGCGUUACGCGUUGGACAUCCUCGCCAUCCUGACGGUGGUUCCUAAGGUCCAGUUGGUUCUGGCCGACACCGUGGAAGUAAGAGAUGAAACCAGGUCGGCUGUUUCCACCGUGGGUAUGAGCAUCAUCUUCGGUGUUGCAGAGGGAGAAGUAUUCGUCAAUGAUGCUGAGAUCCAGAAGUCUGCACUACAAGUGAUAAUAAACUGUGUGUGUGCUCCAGACCAGAGCCUGAACACUGUGGGGGCUUUCGCUGUGACCCCCAUCAGGCCGUCGAUGCACCCCCAGCAGCCCCCCACCCCCCACAACAGGGUGCUGGCCCACAUGUGGCAGGUGGUGCAGAACAACAAUGGAAUAAAGGUUCUCCUGUCGCUGCUCUCGGUGAAGAUGCCGAUCACAGACGCAGACCUGAUCCGCUCGCUGGCCUGUAAAGCUCUGGUCGGACUCUCUCGCAGCACAGCCAUCAGACAGAUCAUCAGCAAGCUGCCGCUCUUCAGCAGCGGACACAUUCAACAGCUGAUGAAGGAGCCGGUGCUGCAGGACAAACGGAGCGAGCACAUCCGUUUCUGCCGGUACGCCGCCGAGCUGACGGAGCGAGUGUCCGGGAAGCCUCUCCUCAUCGGCAGCGAUGUCUCAUUGGCUCGCCUGCAGAGGGCCAACGUGGUCGCCCAGUCGCGGAUCACCUUUGCCGAGAAGGAACUCCUCAUGCUGAUCAGAAACCACCUGGUGGCCAAAGGGCUCAACGACACGGCCAACACGCUCAUUAAAGAGGCCAACUUAUCCGUGGCCUGUCAGAACUCUUCCUCCUGUAUCACCCCCUCCUCUUCCUCAGUGAUUCCCAGAACCUGUCGGAUCGCCGGCGGGAUCGCAGCUCGCAUCGCCAGCCAUCACGGAUCUUCUCCCGUGUCCUCCAUCACAGCGGCCUCCCCGUCUACCUCUCGCUCUCCGGUCCUUGCUCACCCGUCGCCCCUGUCCUCUUCGUCAGCCCCGGCCCUUCCUACUCCUCACCCGGUUCCUCACGGUCAGGGUUCCCCUCUGGUCGGCCGGAUUCUGUUCUCGCGGGAACGUUCGUUGGCCUGUUGCAGCACCGGGAAAAGACUGCGAGCGCUGAAACAGAAAUCUGAUCACGGUGCUUUCAUCCAGACUCCAGCCAUGAAGAAGCAGCUGGAGCGCCACCUUCCUUCCCCCCCGACCCUGGACAGCAUCAUCACGGAGUACCUGAGGGAACAGCACGCCCGCUGCCCCAACCCCGUCACCACCUGCCCGCCCUUCUCGCUCUUCACCCCCCACCGCUGCCCCGAGCCCAAGCAGAGGAGGCAGGCGUCGCCCAACUUCACGGCCCGCCUGGGAAGCCGAGUGCUGUACCCGAAAUACGAAGGCGUGGACCGAGGCUGCCUGGACAGACAUCUGAUAUUCAGCCGGUUUCGGCCGAUGUCGGUGUUCCACGAGGCCGACGGAGACGAGAGCGGUUUCACCUGUUGUGCCUUCUCAGCCCGCGAGCGUUUCCUGAUGUUGGGAACGUGCUCGGGUCACCUCAAACUCUACAACGUCUUCUCCGGAGAGGAGACGGCCAACUACGCCUGCCACACGUCAGCCAUCACACACCUCGAACCCUCCAGAGACGGGAAGCUGCUGCUGACCUCCGCUUCUUGGAGCGUCCCAUUGUCUGCUCUCUGGACGAUGGACAGCGUCUUUGGCAUGAAGAACUCAUUUGUAGACGAUCACUACGUCGAAUUCAGUAAACUCUCUCAGGACAGAGUCAUCGGCACCAAGGACCAAAUCGCCCACAUCUACGACAUCCAGACGGGCCAGAAGACCCUGACCCUGAACGACCCCGGCCUCGCCAACAACUACAAGAGGAACUGCGCCACCUUCAACCCGACGGACGACCUGGUGAUGAACGACGGCGUGCUGUGGGACGUCCGGGCGUCGCGCGCCAUUCACAAGUUCGACAAGUUCAACAUGAACAUCAGCGGAGUUUUCCACCCAAACGGCCUCGAGGUCAUCAUCAACACGGAGAUCUGGGACUUGAGGACGUUCCACCUGCUGCGCACCGUCCCAGCGCUGGACCAGUGCAGACUGGUCUUCAACAGCAACGCCACCAUCAUGUAUGGAGCCAUGCUGCAGGCCGAUGAUGAAGAUGACGCGAUGGAUCGGCAGAUGAAGAGUCCGUUCGGUUCUUCCUUCAGAACGUUCGAUGCCACCGACUACAAGCCGAUCGCCACCGUGGACGUAAAGAGGAACAUCUUUGACCUGUGUACCGACACCAAAGACUGCUACCUGGCUGUCAUCGAGAAUCAGGACACGGUGAGUUUGGACACGGUGUGCCGUCUGUACGAAGUCGGCCGACACAAGCUGGUAGAGGAAGGAGACGACGAUGAUCAGGACGAUGAAGACCAGGAUGACGAUGAUUCCUCUGACUCGGACGAUGAUGAUGACGAUGAUGAUGAUAUCGACACGGACCCGCUCAUCGAGGAACUGGCCAAUAACAACGAUGAUGAUGACGGAGAGAGAAUGAACUCUCCCACAGAGCAAGAGAUCGCGGAACUUCUCGGCGGCAGCAACAGCGACGAAGGAAACGAUGAAGAUGAAGACAACGAUGAUGACUCUGAAAACUCAGAUUUUGACGAUGAUGACGACGACGGAUCCGACAUCAUCGACUGUAAGUAA